AUCCUGAGCAACCACCAACGAGGAAGAUUUUCAACUCGUCUACCUGCUAAACUGCAACUUACUCCAGGCUUUUGAUAUAAAAUGUCAGAAGCCGAUAUCUUGAAAAUCAUUUGCAGCUACGGAGGAAGAAUAGAUUAUGAGAUUCUCCUUGGACUGGUGUCUUGCUUUCCGGACAUAAACUACCCAGAAUUUGAUUCGCUCUUUGAAAAUGAAGAGUUAUUCUUUCUGACAGAAACUAAUGGUGUCAAACAAAUACUCGCCAAAACAAACAUCAGACUCUGCCAACAACAAAUGACAAAUGACUGCACUGGCUGUUCUAAUCUUCAUUUUUGUAAAUUUCAUCUUCUCGGGGACUGCAAGAACAGACUCUGUCGUUUCGGACACGAUUUAACCUCGGACCAUAACAAGAAAGUUCUCUCUGACCAUCAGCUGCAGAAGCUUGAAAGAGAGGAGCUCAGACAGCUGCUCUUACAGAAUGAUAGCCCCCAUAGACUGCUUCCACCGGUGUGUGCCAAAUACAACCAAGGAGGCAAUGGUGAAUUUGGCAAGUGUAAUGACAAGGACAACUGCAGACGGGUCCACGUCUGUGAGGACUACAUCCGUGGAACCUGCAACUCCAGAGGCUGCGGCCGGUCACAUGACUUCUCCGAUGCCCAACCAAAGAGGAGCUUGUGGGGGAAGCAAGUGCCCGUCGAAAUGGUGAAAUCCAUGUCCUCCAUCUACCAGAAAAUCAUGCUGAUCAGGAGUACAUUGGCUAAAGACUUCAAUCCCAAAUAUGAUGCCAAACCUGAGAAGAACGAAAUCUGCCUCUCCUUUGUCAGAUAUCGUUGCAAAAACGGAGAGAGGUGUUGGAGAGUCCACACCAAAAUGCCCUACCUGUGGCAGGUGAAUAUUGGAGAGACCUGGAACAACCUGCCACACAGUGAAGACAUCGAGAGAUACUUUUGUAACCCGAGCAACACUACUGCUUUGAGUGAGAGGAGUGAAGCAGUUUGUUUUGACACCAUGACCUCCGGUUCCCAUAAGGUACGCCGUCUCUCCACCGCCUCAUCUGUGGUCCUGCCAGACUUCAUCCUCACCACUGAGUGGCUCUGGUACUGGGAGGAUCAGUAUGGGAAGUGGAUCCCCUAUGAUUCCCCAACGGAGAAGCACAGCAUGUCUUCAAUCUCCUCCAGUCAAUUGGAAAUGAGUUACCAGAAGAACAACAAAGCCUUCACCUUUACAGUUGGCGAAGAUCUGUAUGAACUUAGUUUCAAAGAUAUGGUGCAGAAGGAUAUGCGAUAUGGUACCCAGAUACCAGUUAGAAGAAGACCUAAUUUUAUAUCUUCUGGCGGUGUCCAAGCUGCUAAAACCAGUCCAAGGAGAAGUGAGAACAUCAGUGCAGCCGCGGGCCGCAGCAGAGGAGGCAAAGAGCUGCAUCCAUCUCAACAUGGCAGAGAUGUGCCUGGACACUGGGACAAGUCUGCCGUGCCUGAAACAGGAUGCAAGAGAGUAGCUCUGCAAAGUACUGACCAGAACUACCUGGUGGUCCAGGAGCUGUUCAGGAAGACACUGAGUGGUUUUACUAUUGACAGCAUUGAGAGGAUUCAAAACAAGAAGCUCUGGGACGACUUUCAGACGAAACAAGAGCGGAUGGAAAAAGUUAACAAAAAGUAUGGUGCGGGGGAACGUGUGCUCUUUCAUAGCACAGAUUCUAAGUUCAUUGAGUCUAUCUGCAACCAGAAUUUUGACUGGAGAGAGUAUGGUUACAGUGGACAAUUGGAGAAGGGUGCUACUUUGCCCGGGAUGCCUGCAACUCCCUUUUCUACACCUCUGACCAUGGCAUGUGCUUCAUGUUUGUGUGCCGUGUACUCACUGGCAGCUACACCCAAUAUAACUAUCAACCACCCCUCAGGGAUGGAAGGCACAUUCAGUACGACAGCAGUGUGAACGAAUUCCGCGAUCCCUCUAUCUUUGUGAUCCUUGACAAGAAACAGAUCUAUCCCGAGUACCUUAUCACCUACUCUGAGGACCUUUACCUCAGCGCGCCAGUUAGUCUGACAGAUUCUUAUUCUAAUAUAAAUUCUUCGUCACAGUCAGAUUUUCCAGACAGUUCCGCUGCACUCAAAAGCACAGACAGUGUACCACAAAUGGUAACCAUGUCCACUUUGACAUCGAAUUCAUCGACAUCGCCGUCUUCUGUGGGGCCGAGCUCAGCUGGACGAGACCCAUCUGACAAUCUGACCACAGGACAAAGCGGCACAUCCAGUGAAAUGGUAACCGUGCCCACUUUGACCUUGAAUUCAUCGAUAUUGCCGUCUUCUGUGGGACCAAGCUCAGCUGGACAAGAGCCCUCUGACAGUCUAACCACAGGACAAAGUGGCCCAUCCAAUGACACGGUUUCCGUUCAGCUCUCUAGCGCUGGCACAUCGGCUCCAACUGCGGGUAAUUGUAGUCUGUCUUCUGUCCCGACAACACCCACCAAGCCGCCGUCGACAGGGUCUCUCCAAAGCCCUGCCACAAAGCCCAUUCCUCGUCCUCGAGCUUCCAAAUCUCCCAAUUUGGAUCCAACACAGGGUUUACCUGCAACAAGGAGCCCAACUGUAUCAGUGACGCCCUGCCCACAGCCCAAGCCAGUGAGUCUCUCUCACUCUGUUGCUCCAGCAAAAGAAAUAUCAGAUACUACCUGCACUCAUUCGGCUGUGUCUAAGGAGUUGACACCCCCAGUCUCUGGCCCUCCUCCCCGGGUGCCUUCACCCAAGCCCAGACAAGUGCCACCUUCCUCGGUUGCGUCUGAUACCAUGGCCCAGUCUUCAGCGUCUCAACGGGGCUCCGAUGACACAACAGAGCCAUCCUCUCCAGAGAGCCAGACCCAGAGAAUUUCUAAUUUGAUUAAACGCUUCAAUCGUGGUCAGUUGUAAAUGCAUUGAUGGACACUCAAAUCAGUCUUAAUCAAAAAUAAGGUUCUGCAACACAUAAACA